AUAGUAAUAUAAUUCUAAGCACGAACGAACCGCGUAUGUUUAAAUGUAGUAUGAAACAAAACUGUUAUCUAUACAUCACACUGGAAACUGUGUUAAUGGUUAGCUAUAGGUGAUCAUAAUCUUAAACAAGUUUCUUUGUCGGCAAUAUUUACAAAUAUGGUGGAACAGAACGCCAGGAAGGAUGACAGACAUGAAACAAACACAGAACAAGAUAUGGACUCGGGAUAUGCGUGGAUUAUAUUGUUAGGAAGUUGCUUAACUUACCUGCUCGGGUUAGGUUCUUUGAAAUCAUUUGGUGUGUUGUACACAGAGAUGUUGGAUCAUUUCUCGGCAGGAUCUGGAAAUACAGCUUGGAUAGGCAGCAUAACCUGGUUUCUUUUACAGGUCCUUGCACCGUUGGCAAAUUUUCUAAGCAGAAGAUACUCCUUCAGAACGGUUUCAUUUACUGGUGGUUUAAUGGUCGGAUGUGGCUAUUUUUUGUCCGGAUUUGUUACUCGAAUAGAACUUAUGUACCUAACCUUUAUGAUGAUUGGUAUCGGAUAUUGUUUGUCAACCACAUGUUCUGCCAUAAUCAUCAGCUUAUAUUUCAAGAAAAGAAGGACUUUAGCAAAUGGCGUUAUGUAUUCAUCCGGAGGGAUAGCAGUUCUUUCGUUUCCAUCCCUUUACAGGUUUCUUAUUGACAAAUAUGGUUUGUCACAAGCGUUGUGGGUGAUUGGUGCAUUCCUUUCAAACAUUUGUGUGGCGAGCUUUGUAUUUCGGCAGCCAAACAAUGUUUUAAAUUACCAAAACAAACCACUCCAAUCCAACGAUGCACAGGUAGAAAUUGAAGAAAGCAUUUUUCUUAACCUCUCGGACGAAACAAAUGAUCAACAGAGAAAGCUUAUUGAAAGGUGUUGCAAUGCACUUAACUUAAAUUUUUGUUUGUUUAAAAACAGACGUUUCUCACUGUUAGUACUAGCUUUCACUAUCUGUUCAUUUGGCCAAACUAAUAAUUACAUUUUAAUUCCUGCCCAUAUAAAAACACUUGGGUAUAGUAACACUUACAUAACAAUAGGUGUAUCUAUAAUUGGUGGUGCAGAAUUGAUCGGAAGGAUUGCUGUGGGAUGGUUUGCAGACUUGAAUUUUAUUCAAAAGAAAUAUAUAUUCGUAGUUUGUAUGUUUAUUGGAGGAGUGUUUGCUUUGAUAUCACCACUGUUUGAUAGUUUUAUGUUUAUGGCAGUCUAUGCCGGAGUCACGGCAGCGUUUCCAUCGUCUUUUCUUGCCCUAACGUCAGUAUUAGCGAUUGAAAGAGUGGGUAUGAAAAAUUUUGAAGCAGCCUACUCGAUCAUGUUUGUCUGUAUGUCAAUUCCGUCUUUGAUCUGCCAGCCUAUCGCAGGUUGGAUGGCAGAUUAUUACGGAAGCUGGUAUCCUGCAUUUAUCUUGACAGGUAUUAUUCUAAUUUUUGCUGGUGCUAUACUUUUGAUAGAACCAUUUGUCAAUCGAUAUGACAUGGGCAAAACCUACUCAUUUAAAAAUGUUGAUAAAGAAAUGGCAUCUCCAGUAAAAAGGAUACAUUUGAAAGCUCAUAAACAAAACAAAGAGGACAGUGCAAUCGAACUAUCCUGAUAUUAUCGAAGAAACACACGUUCUUGCAUUGGACAUAUCAAUCCCGAAGAAAAAGAAUAAUAUGAAUUGAAAACAGAAUAAGUUAACUUUGAGUAUGUUAUAUGACUACAUGUAUUUUAUUAUCAAAUGUGUUGUAUAUGCAUAAAUUUUCUUUGGAAACAUACUGGCAACAUAAUGAAUGCUAAUAUCAAACACGUGUCGAAAAAAACGAAAAAACAAACAAAAAGCAAUCAGACUAAAGUUCAGAUGAUGUAGAUCUGAUGACGACCGUAUAUGUUUCACCUUUAUAAUUCGGAUCUCCCUUGAAAGCUAUUUUAGCCAUGCAAUCACACUCAGUCUGGUUUUUACAGAUUUUUGUGAGAAAAAAAGUUUGAAGUAAUUUUUAACAAAUUAACCUGAAAUUAUAGAGUCAAUUUUUAAUGGGCAAGAUUGUAUUUCCUGUUUAACUGUCGGCUAUAUAUUUGUUGGAAGAAACAUGAUUAAACAGAACCUAAAUAUUAAAAAAAAACUUAACUAAAAAGUGAAAGAACUUCAAAAUAAAAAAAACAACAACACAUAAUAAGAA